AUGUGCCUGCUGCAACACUUCAUCACUGACGCUCAUCCGCACCUACCAGUUGGGAACGAUGAUAUCUAUACACGAACGCUCCCCGCGCUCACAUAUAAACAUGAAUAUGUAAUGCACGCUAUUCUUGCUCUGUCUUCAUCACAUCUCGCUCUUCUAACCGGGUCCGCACUCCCUGUUGAGGCCUUGCGACAUCGCCAGCGGGCUCUCCGAGGGCUAAAUGAAGCAAUGUCUCAAGCGCCAGGCGAGGCUUCUGACGCCGACGCCAUGUUGGCAGCUUGCUAUAUUUUGACCUUUCAGUCCUCGUACAUGCUCGACGGCCUUUCUGAUUAUAUCAUGAUGUUGCGAGGCUGCGGCUUGGUGACCACAUUGAUGCUACAACAGAACUUGCACGGAUCUUUCUCGAUCGAUGCAAAUUCACAUAUAAAAUACAUGGAAGCACAAUUUGGCCGGUUCCCUACAAUCGAUAGUCGGAUUGCGUCGGAUGGUAUUCGCUCGCUACAUCUCGUGAAACCUCUGUUACGGCAUCCGGUCGAAGAAGUCUUCUACCAGCUUUUAGUUGACGUUCUCGUUUCUGUUCAACAGUCGGCCUCCUGUGCGGCUUAUGUCCAUCUCACCAACAUCAUGAACAAGUUUAUCACCUUGCCUCAAUGCGAGGUCCACCAUCUCCUGGAUCCCGAGAAUCAGAUCUCGCAGGUGUUGAUGGCUCAUUUUCUCACCCUACUGGCCAUUCUGUCCCCAAUAACGUCAUUGGAAGCAACCAAUAGAUUUUGCAAUGUUCCAAUGGCGGGAAUGUUGGCCUGGGUUGUGAAUAUCUGCACGUGCAUGUCUGGAAAAAAAGCCCAACUAUACCUUGUGUGGCCGAAGAGUGUGGUAGAGACAAUCCGUGCCAACACCAGCCGGACGGAUCUUACUGCCGACACACCUGUCACCCGGCUCAGCGAGAUGGGCACCACCGCCCCUGCGCCUUACGGAGGCCGACUGCGAAGUGCCUGUGACCGAUGCCGACAGCGGAAGAUUCGUUGCGAUAGAGCCAAACCCGCCUGCGAGGCUUGUCAUUUUGCCUCUACUCCCUGUAUAUUUACUCCGCUGCCGAUCCAGCCGCGGAAAUCAGUCCGCGAACAGUUGCAAGACACCAGAGCUGAAGUUCGUCGAUUAGAAGAGGCGUUAAGAGCGGAGAGGGGCGCCCGCCAGAGUCCCAGUGCCAGUCUCCAUCGAUCCUCCGGGCUCGUCAAUGAUCUCUUUGAUUCCCGUGGCUUCGAUGUGACGUUGAAAGCUUUUCGGUGGCAUCUUGCGUAUUGCACUCCCGCGUUUGCUGCCUCCAUACAAUCAGAUCCAGCCUUUGACCUGGAGGAGCUGCUCGACCGGGUGGCGGAUUCAUUCGACCUGCAGUUCCGUACGAAACCCGCCCGGGUUGUCUUGCCAAAAUGGCCCCCGCGCCGCCUGAUCGAGGCGUCGUUGGAGUACUUUUCGAGCAAUGGAUUGUAUUCAAUACAUCCGGUCGUCGACAUUGACGCACUAACGUGUCUACUUGACGCUUCCGACUUCGAUGGCUCCGGGGUUGGGACCUGUAUUGCCGACCGGGCCUGUUUAGCGGCCUUGACAGCAAUGAUAACCAGGAUUCGUCGACAAGAACCUGCUUUUGCUGAUGCAGACCCUGAUGCUUACGUCCAAGCAGUGCUUUCCGUGUUACCACAGUUGAUGGUGGAACAUACUAACGUCCGAGCUCUGGAAGCUUUGAUUAUCCUCGCACUCUAUAUCGCUCCUUUGGGUCAACCGCAGACAGCGGAAAUACUACUCGCUAUGGCCGUUCGGAUCCUCUUCAAUCUGGGUGCACAUAGAACUGGGCCGACUUAUGAAAGUACCGCCCACAAGCAUCAACAUCAGCAUUUGCGGGCUCUGUUCUGGACCUUUUACGCUGUGGAUAAAGAAAUGUCGCUUCGAAAAUGUCAGCCUCCGAUGAUCAAUGACACUGACUGCGACCUGACUCUACCUGAACGAUACGUUGCACAAUCGUCCGAGCACCAGUUCUUCACGUCCGAGUUAUCAUCCAAGGAACUUCUUUACCCCUCCGACCUUCGUCUGGCUAUGCUUAAAUCAAGGGUCUACCAUCUGCUCUAUUCCGAGCAAAGUCUGAGCCAUUCGAGAGCGAGACGACUUCAGCUCAUCCGCGAACUGGACCAGGAGUUGAAUGACCUGAAGUCUCAAUUUCCCUCCGCUUGUAAACCUGAUGCCGUUGUGAGCGGAAACGUGCCAGAUUAUUUUAUCCAUGAUCUCAGUUUACGGGGCGUGAAUGUGCAUCUCGAGUACUACCACUGUCUUUCUAAGAUUCACGGUGCGAGCGCCAUCGGAACCCCGGUUCUGCAGAGUCUGUCUCCUCCAUCUACAAGUAUCGAGUUAUGUUAUCAGGCGGCACGAUCCACUUUGAUAUACCUGCGUCGAAUCCGUCAUUUGAUCUUCCCUGAAACAUUCUGGAUAUACGCGCAAAUUCUUCUGACAUCAAGUAUUUCGCUCUACAUGCGCAUACUCUCAGCUCCCACACAGUGCGGAGUCCAGGAUGAUAUCCAUCUACUAGAGAGCACAAUCGAUGUAUUUCACCAGCUUAAUUGUGUCGAACCAAGCAAGCGUUUUCCACCAUUCGUUAUUAUUGAAGCUUUCAUCCAAAGAUUGACAUUGCUCGCCGAGCAGUCUGUAUCGGAAGCUGCGAACUAA